CGUGCCGAUGAAGUGACUUUUACUGGCCCUGUUAGCGCUGCGCUAGCGUGUUGCUGCUGGGUUACUGCUGUCUCAGUGAUAUUUACCGAAUGGAUGAGGAGCAAUUUUGCUUAGCGACCCUCAGUGUGAUGGUGAGGAUCCCCUGCCCCUCCCCACUGAGACAGGAGGAGAACCACUGAUAAUAGGCUGCUUGCAUGGGAGCUCUGGCCACAAGGACAGAACUGCUGAUCGAUCCCAUCCAACACAGCAUAACUUGACGUCAUGUAGCAUGAACUCUUUUCUUUAAUGCUAUUUACUCUCUUGCUUGCUGAUCUACCGUCAGGACACGUGGAAAAUAUCUGCAGGUCCCAGUUGCUGCUCCCCCCGAGGGGAAGAAGGCCCAGUGAGCUGAUUCAACAUGCUCGCUGCUGAGGUGGAGACGGACUCUUUUUCCUCCAAAGACGCCACUGAGGAGAGGCGCAAGUCUCCGCUUUCAGGAGGCAAAGAGCCGUCCUCUGGCAGCCGGUACACAGAGCACGGGUUCGGUCCGGAACGCUACUUCAUUGCGCCCCCGGCGCCCAAACCCACCGCUGAAACCGCGGCGACGACGUCGCCCUGCUCCUUCGUCCCCUACAGCCCCGGCGGGAGCAUCUACGCCGCGUCCAGCGCGGCCCGGUACCCGACAUCCCUUCACCUGGGCUCCGUGGGAUUCACCUCAAGCACCGGGCCCCGCGGCCAUUUCAGCCCGGCCUAUCAGAUCGGGCCGAACUCCGGCUGCCUCUACCCGCCGUACAGCGGCCCAGGCCCGUCUCUCAGCAGCGUCGGCAUCUCUGCGAACGGGCCAGCGGCGAGGGCUCACGUCUAUUUGUGCAACCGGCCUCUGUGGCUUAAGUUCCACCGACACCAGACCGAGAUGAUCAUCACCAAGCAGGGCAGGCGAAUGUUCCCGUUUCUGAGUUUUAACAUAGCGGGUCUGACUCUGAGUGCGCACUACAACGUGUUCGUGGAAGUGGCGCUGGCAGAUCCCAACCAUUGGAGAUUUCAAGGUGGCAAGUGGGUCACCUGCGGGAAGGCUGACAACAGCGGACAAGGGAACAAAGUGUACAUCCACCCAGAAUCUCCGAACACAGGGGCCCACUGGAUGAGACAAGAAAUCUCCUUCAGCAAACUAAAACUCACCAAUAACAAAGGCACAAAUCACAGCAUGUCACAGAUGAUCGUCCUGCAGUCCUUACACAAGUAUCAACCCCGGCUACACAUUGUGGAAGUGACCGAGGACAGUGUGGAGGACAUCAACACAGAUCCAAAGACUCAGAGCUUCAUUUUUCCAGAGAGCCAGUUCAUAGCAGUCACUGCUUACCAGAACACUGAUAUAACACAGCUGAAAAUUGACCACAACCCCUUUGCCAAAGGUUUCAGAGAUAAUUAUGAUUCGAUGUACACAGCUCCAGACAAUGAUCGCCUCACCCCUUCCCCAUCAGACUCCCCUCGUGCCCACCAGAUUGUCCCCAGUGCCCGCUACGCCAUGCAGCCCAUCUUACAGGACCAGUUUGUCAACAACUUCACCCCAAACCGUUUCUAUAACAGCGAGCGAGCCGUGCCUCAAACCAGCAGCCUCCUCUCGCCUCAGGCAGAAGACGGAGCCUCUCAGCGAUGGUUUGUCACCUCCAUGCAACAUGGGACUGGCAGCGGUACCAGCCACAAAUUGGACCUGACAUCGUAUGAGGGGGACUACUCCAACUCCCUGCUCCCUUAUGGUCUCAAAUCACUUUCCAUGCAGACAUCCCAUGGUCUCAGCUACUAUCCAGAUUCUCCUUUCAACAAUAUGCCAGCUGGGUGGGGCUCAAGGACAGCGUUUCAGAGGAAAGUGACUCCAAAUCUGCCUUGGUCGCCGAGACCCAAUCCCGCAGCUGGUUUCCCAGAAGACUCAGUUAAGGUGAAACCACAGCUAGAGGAUGAGGUUCACAGCGGAGGCCUGCUAUCUUCCUGGGCAGAGACACAGCCAUCUUCUCUUUCUCUUGACAAGACUGAUUGCUAUUCAGCAACCUGCAAGCGAAGACGUUUGUCUAUUAAUGGGCCGAGUACAGAGGACUCACCUGCUGACACCAAAUGUGAGGACAUGGUCUCUGUUGCCAAUGGCUCCUACAGCAAGGAAACGCCUUCAUCCAAAGGAAUGGCAUCUUAUUAUUCCUUUUACACAAGUUAUUGAGCAUAUGCUGUCAAUGUGGUUAUGUUCCAUGGACACACCCAAUUUAUCUCUGCUGUUUUACAUUUUCCCCUUGUUUGUCAUAAAAAAGAAUUAAAAUAAAGAUAUUAUUUAUUCAUUUGGAGACAGAGUUAUGACAUGAAGCGAUAUCUGUACUUUUCAUGCAUUAUUUUUCCACCCCAUAGAGGAAUUGACUUACAAGUUUGGGCUAUCUAUUGUUUCUAAGUAUUUUAAGUAAGCUCAAUGUAACUGUCUUUUCUAAGUUUCAUUCUACAUACAUUAUGGAUUUUGCCUUUGCAUUGAGUUUUCGUGUUUAAAGAUUAUUUAUUGAAGGCCAGUAUA